UCUGAGCUCAUCGACAUCUACGUCGGCCAAGAAUCGGCCAGCCAGCAGAAAUUCCAAGCGCACAAAGACAUUCUCACUAGCCACUCUCCAUUCUUCGAAGCCGCAGUCAACAGCACCACGUGGGCUGAAGGUUUGGAUAAAGUCGUGCGCAUGCCGGACGACGACCCAGAAGCCUUCGGGAUCUGGCUGCAACUGACGUACACCGGAAAGAUGGGCAUAGAAGACGGCUCGAUGGAGGGGAACAGAGUGUACGAGCUGCUGAUGAUGGUCUAUGUGAUGGCGGAGAAAUUGAUCGACUCGCGUACGAUGGAUAUUUGCAUGGAAGCCACACUGAAGCGCAUGCGAACGAUGCAGCACGACGGAUAUAGGCACUUCCCCGGUUCAAAACCGAUUCGAAUUCUAUACGGUGGUACUCCCGAGAGUAGCCCCAUGCGGCGCUUGUUGGUGGACGCCUAC